AUGAGUCGCACAUCCCAGGCCUGGAUCUACCUGGAUGCCGGUUAUGGGAAGGUGGCAGGUGACUGGACCUGGUGGUCGGAGGUGCCAGCUCUCGCGGUCUACUUGCAGGGCGCGCCUGGAGGUCGCGAGCUCCUCCGCUGGGAUCGCACCAGCUUGGCGGGUCUGGCCGUGCGCAUGGCGACGGUGGGCACUGCCUGGGCCGAAGUCCUGGUGGGUCCAGCAAUGCUCUUGGCAGUGCUCAUAGGUGGAUGGGUCCGCUGGCUUCCCAUCAUCAUGGUGAUUCUCCUGCAUGCAGGUAUCGCCCUGUGCAUGGAGGGAGGCUGGGCCAUUGGCAUGGCUGCCUUGGCCGCUUGGGUGGCCCUUGUUCCCAUGAAGGCGGACUCUCCUGCGGCCGCAGGGUCACCGAUGAACAGAGGCCUUGUUCGAUUAUCGGAUGGGCUUUGUCUUUCUUGGUGCUUGGGCAGUGCACUUUUUGCCGCCAGCGGGGCUGUGAGCCAGCCAGGCCCGGUGCCCACCGUGCUGCUGCUCAAUCGAUGGCAAGUGUUCAGUGGCGCAGAGACCAGCGUGAACUGGGAGGUCGCCCCUGCGCGCCUGGCGGACGGCAGCACCGUCGACCUGUGGAGCUGGAGAAGCGUCAGCUUCGAGAAGCCCGAGCGCUACGGCCGCCGUGGCCGCUGGAUGAGCUUCCCCAGUGAUCGGCCAGCAUCGCCCGAGGCGUUGGACGCACGCUUCCGGUACCUGUGUGACGAAUGGAACCAGGCGCACCAGGUGCCCGUGCUCAAGUACCAAUUCUUCGAACUAUGGGCGCCUAUAGGUCCUGAUUUCAACCUGUCCGGCGUCUCAGAGGGUCCGGCUGUCAGGAAGUGCCAGGUCCAGGUUACAGACUGGCUCCGAAAGGGAGGUCGCCUUUCGGACCACCGGGACGUUCGUGACUCCAUGGGCGGCCUGACCCACUUGGGUCUUAACCCAUCCUCUGGUCGCUGUCGGGGCUCCGAACCCAACGCGCCGCUGUCGGUUGAAAAACAAGAGACGCCCUCGGGAGCCAUGAACGUGGAGACCGGCUUGCCCUUCGCGAGCCUGCCUGGCUUGGGCGAGGAUGAGCUACCCGGCUUCAGCGCCGAGGAAUGCCCCGAGGAGCGGGGCAGACGGACAGAGCUCCCUGACCUCUCCAAACACUUCAGCUUAGCUGCAGAGGUCCUGAAAAGCAACAGGAACCUCUACCAGCAGAUGCGUACGCAGAAGACCCCGGGCGGCGUUUCUUUCGCCAAGUGCCGCUUGGUGAAGAUGAGAUGCUCUACACCGUGCAUCAAGACGGGCAUCGACAACAGGGGCCAUCCAAUGAUCAAGGCGGUAGGUGCUGUGGCCGGCGAUGCGGAUUGCCGCUUGGUGCCAUCGGUGCCAUCAGGUGCCAUUUGCAGCCAAAUCCUGCCCUUUUCCGAUGUGGAACUGCAGAUCGGCUUCGAGACCUUCAAGCCCUUCUUUGACCAGGUCUUGGUGAUGUGCCAUGGCGAGGAGAGUCUGAGCCGGGCACAUGCCUCCUGCCCGCCACGCAGCAUGGCUUUGGCAUUGGAACUGCCACCGGAGCAGGUGGUGGCCUGUCAUUUGCGUAUCUCCAGGACUGAGUCCGUGCUGAGUCCGUGGAACCUCAAAGACUUCCCCUUUGCGCCGCAGAUGCAGCGUGCUCAGCGCUCGGAGGUGGAGCAACGGAUCGUGUCCACGCUGCUGGCCAGGGGUGGCAGCUACUUCCCCUUGGUCGGGUCGCGAAGUUCCUUGGUGAACGUGGAGGGUACAGCAGGUUACGCGGCCAAACCAAAUGGCAUGGAUUUGUAUGAGGAGAAGAUGCUAUUGGACUCGAACCUCCUCUUCCGUGAGCCUGACAGUCCGGCAGUGCUCUCCAGUGGCACGGGCCGCCAUUGGCCCGAUGGCCGCGGGGUCUUCGUCUUCGCCACCGGCGUGUCUGCAUGGAUCAACGAGGAGGAUCACUUCCGGCUGAUGUUGGCAUCUUGGAUGGAGGGCGACCAGGAGGACGGUGAGAUUACGGAAGAUCGGAAGGAUGGCAACCUGAAGCAGGCCUUGACUGAUGCAGAUGCAGUCCUUGGAGUGCUGGAGUCGGUGCAUGGCUUUGCUCAGUCUGAGCGCUUGGGAGACUUGGCCGAUGUCAGAUAUUUGACCUCUUCUCCCAUGAACGUGGGCGUAGCGAUGAAGAAGGAGCUCGUGGAGUGGUGCAAGGCCCGCGACCUCAUCGCGCCUUUCGGCGGGAUCGAGCGUCCGGGAGAGAGAUGGGGAGCGGGAGCGAGCGGCUUGGGCGGGAAGAGGCGUGCGGUCCUGGACGAGCAAGGCCUCCGCGUCGAGGGGCUCUUGGAGGUCUCCCACCGGCGUCGGAUCGGCAUCCGCCCGGAGGACCGGGCCGGUCGGGUGUCGCAGGUCGGUGCAUCUCAGAGGUGUGGCAUCAAAGAGCAAAGGAUUCAGCUUGUAGAUGUGCGUGGGUCUUGGGGAAAUCAGACUUGA